AUGGAGCUGGCGGAUGUCAAGUUAUUCGCUGGUACGUUACUCGCUGCUUGUGAGGCCACUGAAAAAGCGGGAAAGUCAAGUCUCGACACGAACUUCUUUCUUAGCGAGAAUGGGAAGAUGAAACGAGAGGAUAUGACGCGUAUCGUGAAGGACGUUUUCGAAAGACUUCAUGAUCCCCUUACUCUCCCGGGUUUUAUCGAAGCUGAAUGGACUGCGUCCUCACCAUUUCUGAGUCCCGGCUUACACGAGCUUUUGGUUUGGUUCGACUGCCUUCGCGAGAAGACGGACAAAAGCCUUCAAGGUAGAAUCCGCGAACGCUUUUACCAGUUACUCUUCUACCAGAUGAAGAAUUUAAGUGACUUCUACACACGGGACGGAGCUCAGACUCUUGCCGACAUGAUCCCAAAUUCCGGCAAUUUGGACAAGGUAUCGGUCAAAGAGCAGUUGUCCGUUUAUAUUGAAAACGGUGAAAAAUAUCACUCGUUAUCAAAUGACCUAGGAGGGCCAGGAACCCUAUUUCUUCUCCCCGACAAAGGAGAGUCCUACUGGCUGUCAAAAGUGCCGAAGGGCGCGACACCUCGGGGACAAAAGACGCGUGUUUCUGUACUCGAGUCGCUUCUACAAACUGGGAUUUCCUCUAGAGCGAUUGAACUAAAUACCCAUACGGUAGCAGCGAAGAUUUUGGAUGACACUCUAUCAGUGUUUAGAGAUGCACUGAUGUUAUAUUUGGGUGCUUGUGGCGAUAACUCUAACGCUCAAUACGUCUCUCAUCAACCUUCGUCGAGCCUAAAUUGUCUCUUUUAUGCUCCUCACUCGGAUGCGCAGGCCUUGCUGGAUAGGCGACCAGACGCGAGUUGUUCCGGAGAGCCGCAUAAACGUCGCUGUACCGGGAACGGUGUUACCUCAGGGUCUGUAGGUGCGGAAGACGUGUUGAAUAUUUCAACCCAAGAAACAGAAUUUGUGGCUCUAUCACUCCACCCAGAGGAUCAACACAAAGAAGCACCCCGAGCGACAAACCGUGACCCAGUGCCAGAUGAGUCGGGUACAAGCCUAAGCUUAGAAACAAUUCCUGUACAAGCUCCUGGUGAUAACACAAAUAACCCUUUACGGGUCUUUAUGGCACCGUUCGUCAUGGAACCUACUGAUCAUGUUCAACUGGACGCCUAUGGGUCCAGUAUAUCGCCUGCUGACCACCCGCAAACGAAUCCGUACGAUCUCAAUAUUGUGCCUGCCGACUACCCUCAAAUAUACAUGUACGGUCCCAAUCUUGAGCCUGACGACCACCCGCAAACGUAUCCGUGCGAAAUCAAUAUAUUGCCUACCGACUACCCUCAAAUAUACCCGUUUGACCUCAAUCUUGUGCCCGACGACCAGUCGCAGUACGAAGUCAAUAUAUUGCCUGCCGACUACCCCCAAAUAUAUCCGUUUGACCUCAAUCCUGUGCCCAACGACCACUUGCAGACGUAUCCGUACGAAGUCAAUAUAUUGCCUGCCGACUACCCUCAAACAUACAUGUACGAUCCCAAUCUUGAGCCCGACAAUCACCUGCAAACAUAUCCGUGCGAAAUCAAUAUAUUGCCUGCCAACUACCCUCAAAUAUACCCGUUUGACCUCAGUCUUGUGCCCGACGACCACUCGCAGACGUAUCCGUACGAAGUCAAUAUAUUGCCUGCCAACUACCCUCAAAUAUACCCGUUUGACCUCAAUCUUGUGCCCAACGACCACUCGCAGACGUAUCCGUACGAAGUCAAUAUAUUGCCUGCCAACUACCCUCAAAUAUACCCGUUCAAUCUCAAUCUUGUGCCCGACGACCACCCUCAGAUAUUUCCGUAUGAACUUGACGAUAUCCUUGCGGUUGCACAACACCCAUACACAUCUUCUCCCGAAACAAGUCAAAGUUCGUGUUUCCCAUGGUUACUAUCAGUGUCCUCUGCAGAGUUUUCGUAUCCGAAGCCACGUAUAGAGGUGAUAUAG